AUCACUAUUUUCCUGUCAUUUUAAAUGUUCAGACCAGUGGCAUGUUAGUUUCUACUAAAAACAAACAAAAAACAAAACAACCACCACAAGGACCACAAGAAAGGAUGCUGCCCCAUACAGAAACAACUGGGUAUUUACCCUGGUUUCCCUGUUUGUACAAUGCAUGAUAGCCCCCAGUAGAGCCUUGUGUAUUAUAAAAAUUCAUUAGAAUAAAAGACAUAUGGGUGCUCUGCAACUCAACCUAGUCCCAUCCAUCCAAUAGUGACUGAGCACUAACAAAGUGCCUGCAACGGAGACCCGCCACUGAAUCAACAGCCAUCUCAGCCACCAAAGCUUUCCAACCCAGGUGCCAAGCCAGACAGAACAUGGCCAUAGCUCCAGCAGAUGCACAGGUGAUUCCUCAGAGGAGGAAGAUGGGAUGACAGAGGGAAUCAGGGAAGGCUGCUCGGAGGCAGAGGUGGGAAGAGAAUACACAUGCAGUGCUGCUCCACUCCCACCGCCUUCCCCAAUCUGCCUGGCAGACCCCCACUGCCAGGCUCUCAGGCGGGCCACAGAGCUUCACACCCCCACCCCCCACCACCCCAGAGCCCAGCCUCCCCACUUACCCGUUCCAGCUCAGAGGAGGGAAGAGAAGCAUCCACGCUCAGACUCCACACUCCGCAGUGGCUUGGGCAUCUGCAUGUAUAGGGGCCUGUGCACCCCAGGACAGCGACCCCUGAGCCUGGCCUCCUCACCCUCAGGGGAGCAGCUGCUGGAACUGGGAUUUCCAGCUGCCUCAGGAGCCCCAGGCCCCCCACAGCCACUUUUUCCUAGAAGCUGGACUUGGGGGACCAGGAGCUGACUUGGGGGAUCAGGAGCAGAAAGACCCUCUGAGAAUGAACAGAGCUUCCAGAGCUCAUUCUCUCUCUCUCUCUCUCUCUCUCACACACACACACACACACACACACCCUGGCUGAUUUUACAGUCAAUCUUUCAAAGUGCAAUUUGUCUUGGAAAAGCCAAUGUGAGGCCCGUGUGGGUUUCGACCAAUGGCGCCGCGCCUCUCAUAGCUCAGCCAGUCUCCGGUCUGUAUUCUAAUGGGCCAUAUCUUUAUCAGGGAAAUGUUGCUUCUCUGAACUUAAAACUUCUCAUGGAGGGUCCCCAGACUCAGAGGCAGAGAAGGGGUCUGAGCUGAGGCGUGGGGAGCCGCCUUUCUCCAGGACAGACAGAGAGGGAAGGGGCGCUGGUGAGGCCUCUCACCUGCCCCAGAAGCACCUGACUUCCGAGGAGCUGACGCAGGUGCCAGGUCCCCAGGCCAGGGCUGGGCCGGAUAUCUUAGGUGGGAGGGCAAUCUGGGGCUCGGCCGCUUUUGACCCUUCAAACCUGCCAUGGGCUUCUGGGUCAGAGCUUGGGGUCUCUGGCUUUAGGGGCCUGGAUUUGGGCUUCUCACCUCCCCUCACCCCAACCCGAAGAUCAUGGAGUCCAACCUGCAGGGCACAUUCCUGCUGAACAACACGCCACUGGCCCAGUUCUCGGAGAUGAAGGCCCCCGUGUGCCAGUACUCGGUGCAGAACUCCUUCUACAAGCUCAGCCCUCCGGGGCUGGGCCCCCAGCUGGCCGCCGGGACCCCCCAUGGGAUCACAGACAUCCUGAGCAGACCUGUGGCCACGCCGAACAGCGGCCUCCUCUCCAGCUACCCUCACGUGGCAGGCUUUGGUGGACUUGGCUCCCAGGGGGUCUACUAUGGACCCCAGGUGGGGAAUUUUCCCAAAGCUGGCAAUGAGUACCCUACCCGGACCCGGAACUGCUGGGCGGACACGGGCCAGGACUGGCGAGGCGGGCGGCAGUGCGGCAACACCCCGGACCCCCUGAGCGACAGCAUCCACAAGAAAAAGCACACCCGGCCCACCUUCACGGGACAUCAGAUCUUUGCCCUGGAGAAGACCUUUGAACAGACCAAGUACCUGGCUGGCCCUGAGAGGGCACGGCUGGCAUACUCACUGGGGAUGACCGAGUCGCAGGUCAAGGUGUGGUUCCAGAACCGAAGGACCAAGUGGCGGAAGAAGAGCGCGCUGGAGCCCUCGUCCUCCACGCCUCGGGCCCCGGGCGGUGCAGGCGCGGGCGGGGAGCGCGCGGCCUCGGAGAACGAUGACGACGAGUACAACAAGCCGCUAGACCCCGACUCGGACGACGAGAAGAUCCGGCUGCUGCUGCGCAAGCACCGUGCCGCCUUCUCGGUGCUCAGCCUGGGCGCGCACAGCGUGUGA